UAACUGUACUAAACUAAAAAACUAAAUAGCCAUGUCGUUCAACUAUGUCGUCACAGCUCACAAGCCGAGUGCAGUUCACUUUUGUAUAACUGGUAACUUCACAAGUCCUGAUGACAUGAAUUUACUUAUUGCUAAAAGCACACGUUUGGAAAUAUAUACAGUCACCAGUGAAGGACUUCGUCCAAUUACAGAAAUGAAUAUUUAUGGAAGAAUUGCUGUGUUGAAGUUGUUUAGACCUCCAGGUGAACCAAAAGAUCUAUUGUUCGUACUAACUGAACGAUAUAAUGCGUCGAUUUUGGAAUAUUGCGCCGGUGAACAAGGCUGUCAAGUCAAAACAAAAGCAAGUGGAUUGGUAACUGAUCCUGUAGGUCGGCCACCUGAAACUGGUAUACUUGGAUUUAUAGAUCCGACAUGCAAAAUAAUUGGUCUUCGAUUGUAUGAAGGUGUCUUUAAAAUUUUGCCUUAUGAUCCAAACAGCAAAGAACUGCGCCCUUUCAAUGUUAGAAUGGAUGAAUUGAGUGUGAUUGAUGCCCAAUUUCUUCAUGGAUACAAUGUUCCAACCGUGGCUAUCAUAUACCACAAUACACAUGGGCGGCAUAUUAAAACCUAUGAAAUCAAUAUACGAGACAAGGAAGUGAAACUUGGGUCAUGGCAACAAGAAAAUGUAGACACAGAAGCUUCUAUUAUUAUCCCUGUUCCUGCCCCGUUAAAUGGAGCUCUGGUUGUGGGGCAGGAAUCUAUAAUGUAUCAUAGCGGCGAUGGAAUGGCUAAAUUAAUUGCACCUCCAAUGAUCAAGCAAAAUAUUGUAUCUUGCUUUGCUCGUGUGGACAACUGUCGUUAUCUUCUUGGUGAUAUGGCUGGAAGACUUUUUAUGCUCCAUGUUGAGACUGAAGAGAAAAUAGACGAAAAUGUUUCCGUCAAAGAUUUGCAUAUCGAAUUGAUGGGUGAAGUGAACAUACCCGAAUGCCUUUCUUAUCUUGACAAUGGUGUGGUUUAUAUUGGAUCAAGGCUUGGAGAUUCUCAGCUAAUUCGUCUUGAAACGACUCCAACAAGUGGAGAAGGAGAUUCAUCAUCCUCUUAUAUUUCAAUACUCGAUACUUAUACAAAUUUGGGCCCUAUUGUCGACAUGUGUGUUGUAGAUCUGGAGAGACAAGGUCAGGGGCAACUAGUUACUUGUUCUGGGGCAUUUAAGGAAGGAUCCCUGAGAAUCAUUCGUAAUGGUAUUGGAAUCCAGGAGCAUGCAAGCAUUGACUUGCCUGGUAUAAAAGGACUAUGGCCGCUUCGACUGUUCUCUGAUUCAUCUAAGUUUGACACACUGAUUUUGUCUUUUGUCGGCCAUUCUAGAAUUUUGCGUCUCAGUGGUGAAGAAAUAGAGGAAUCUGAAUUUGGUGGUUUUGACGAUGAACAACAGACAUUUUUAUGCUCGAAUGUCUUGAAUGAUCAAGUUGUACAAAUAACUGAAAAAGGAAUUAGAUUGAUUUCAAGGAAGAUGAAAAAGUUGGUUGCAGAGUGGUCCCCACCAAGGGGAAAUAUUAGCAAUGCAACAUGUAAUUAUUCACAGAUUGUCGUUGCAGUUGGGAGUCAACUUUAUCAUUUAGAAGUGGGAUCAAGCGAAUUGAUUCUGCGCUCCGAGAGGGUGAUGCCAGAAGAAGUCGCUUGCUUAAAUGUCAAUCCUCUGGUGUUGAAUCCAACAGAUGAAACAGCAAAAGCUCAAUUAUGUGCCGUUGGUUUGUGGAAUGAUAACAGUGUUCAUCUUCUUGCUAUGCCUGGAUUAGAAGAAAAACAUUCACAAAUGUUAGGUGGUGAAAUUAUCCCUAGAUCUGUUUUGAUGGUUAAAUUUGAAGGAAUUGACUAUCUUCUUGUCACUCUCGGAGAUGGCAUGUUGUUUUACUUCACGAUUAAUGAGGAUUUGUGUGGUUUAGGCGAACGAAAGAAAGUCCCUCUUGGUACCCAGCCUACAGAGCUUCACACUUUUCUUUCUGGCGGGUCACUCAAUGUAUUUUCAUGUUCCGACAGGCCAACGGUAAUCUACAGUUCCAAUCACAAGCUUGUGUUUUCUAAUGUUAAUUUACGUGAAGUUAAUUACAUGUGUGCUCUAGAUUCUGAAGGAUAUCCUGACAGUUUAGCACUGGCUAAUGAUAAUGUCUUACUAAUUGGAAAAAUUGAUGAAAUCCAGAAACUGCAUAUUCGCACUGUGCCAUUGUAUGAAUCUCCAAGGAGAAUAGCAUACCAGGAAAAGAGCCAGUGUUUCGGUGUGACCACUCUUCGCUAUGAUACUAUAGGAUUGGAAGCUUCAAAACCAACAACACGAUUAUGUGCAAGCUUGCAGGCCAACAGUAUCACAAAAGAUACAAGCACAAAAUAUCGUCAGCCAAGCAUGGACGCCAACAUGUACGGAGAUGAUACAGAGAUUGGUAACCUGUUGAUUAUUGAUCAACAUACAUUCGAGGUUCACCAUGCACAUCAGUUUGCUCCAUUUGAGUGGCCUUGCAGCAUAAUAUCUUGCAAUAUUGGAGCAGAAUCUUAUUUUGUUGUUGGUACUGCUUUCGUAUAUCCAGAAGAGCCAGAACCUAAGCAGGGCCGAAUUCUUGUAUUUCAAGUAUUCGAUGGAAAAUUAUCUCAAAUUUCUGAGAAAGAGGUACGAGGAGCCGUUUAUACAUUAUCAAAUUUCAAUGAAAAAAUUAUUGCAAGUAUUAAUGGUUCAGUCAUUGUGUAUCAAUGGACCGAGGAAAAAGAUCUAACUGUUGAUUGCAGUCAUCAAGGUAACAUCAUUGCUCUAUUUUUAAAAACAAAAGGAGACUUUGUACUUGUAGGCGACCUUAUGCGAUCACUGAGCGUUCUUUCAUACAAAGCCAUCGAAGGUAAUUUAGAUGAAAUAGCAAAAGAUUAUAAGCCAAACUGGAUGACUGCAGUUGAAAUCAUUGAUGAUGAUAACUUCAUAGGUGCUGACAACAGCUUCAAUCUUUUUGUUUGUCAAAAAGAUAGUUCAACUGCUAACGAUGAUGAUACAUCAAAACUAAUUGGAACCGGCUCAUUUCAUCUUGGGGAUAUGGUAAAUGUAUUUCAACAUGGAACACUGGUAAUGCAACAUCUCGGCGAGACUUCAACUCCCACGCAAGGCAGUAUAUUGUUUGGAACUGUACAUGGAAGUAUAGGCGUCAUUACUACCUUUAACACAGAAAUAUUCCAUUUACUGGGUGAAGUCCAAAAAAAAUUGGAAAAAUUAAUCAAAGGAGUGGGGAAGAUUGAUCACAGUUUUUGGCGAUCAUUUACCAAUGACAGAGUUACAAGUGAUCACAAAGGCUUUAUAGAUGGGGACCUUAUAGAAAAUUUCUUGGAUCUGCCUAGGGAAAAGAUGGACUCUGUCGCGCAAGGCAUACAAAUAAAAGAAGGUGGAAUAAUGAAAGAUGCAACGGCAGAUGAUAUUAUCAAAGUUAUUGAAGAACUAACAAGGCUACAUUAAAUACCGCCCAACAGAAUGUUUUUUUUCAUCGGCUGUGGAUGAAGUGUUCAAGGUCAUGUGGAAGGAAGCAGUGUGUUUGAUGAAAACAAUGGCUUAAUUAAGGCAAUGUUCCACCCUUUGCCUAAUUUUGAAACUUUACAUUUUCCACUCACUAUUCAUAAAGUUUUUGUUUAUUGCUCAAUAGCUAGUUAUAAGUUAUUGCAAUAACACAGAAGUACAAAAUAAAAUUUCUUCCCUGUUGGGAAACGCUGACUUAAAAGUAUUUCAUAAGUUGGUUUUGUGCACAGAGAUGUUUUUUUAUUACACCAAUUCCCUUCUCUCGUACAUGCAAAUGGACUUGAUCAUCAAUCAUGAUGCUCUGGAAAAGAAUCAAACUUCAACUAAAAUCUAAUGAUCUUUGCUUAUUGUAGUUCAGACAUUGGUUCAGUGUAUAUAAGAGCUCAUUAGGUAUCAUUGGUCUGACAUAGUUCUUAGCAACACAGUUGCCCUGGUUAUCUUACGAUUGGUACAAAUCAUGACUCAUGAGCUGCUUUGGGAGUAUAAUACAUAUCUAAAAUCCCAAAUCAUUAUUUCCAUCCAAUGUAGGAGAUCGCCAAAUAUGAGAAAUUGAUGGUUACUCGCUGGUGUAACUUGAAAACUGACCUGCUUGUUUUUCUGUAUUAGGCAUUACAUUUCUUCAUGGCUAUUAUUAUGUUGAGGCACCGCUUGCAACAAAUGCAUUAGCAAACUCUCCCAUAUGCCUGGUCUUAACUGUUUGAAAAUUAUUUUUGGUACAUGCUCUAAUAUUAUUUACGGCGGAUAGCCAAUCGAAUACAUUUGAACAUAUUCUAAAAUAAAGUAUUCUUAUGUAUUAAGUAAUUUGCAUACAAUAAACAAUGGAAUACGUGUUGCCUCCAA